AUGCAUUGGCUAUACGAUCGUGGGUUCCGUGCUGGGAAGCUCGAACAGAUCAUUCCUACCAUCGUGAAGAAGAUUUCCGACGAUUUGUUGGCGGAGAUUGAGCAUGGUGGCUGCGUGGAUGAGUACCUACGCGACCAGUUGGUAGUGUUCCAGGCACUCGCUAAGGGAAGGAGUCAAGUGUAUGGGGGAAAGAGCGACGGCGAAUCGGUGAAGCCGAGUCUACAUGCCAAGACUGCGCAGUGGGUAGCAAAGGAGAUGCUUUGUGUGGAGUUUGAUGACGAAGUGCAGACCAUGGUCUUGCGAAGCAUCUGGAUAGCAUGA